GAUUUUAGUGAAUGCAGAAGAUUGGCUGUACGAAUAUUUAAUAAAGCUGGUUUAUCAACAAUAAUAUCGUCGGAUAUUAAAAACUGUUCAUCUGUAGAUCCGGUAUUAAUUAUACCGGCUAUUAUUAUAGAUGCUAUAGGACAGCCAUUAAAUAACGAUCCCAACACAAAUGAACUAGGAACAUCAAUUUCUCUGGAUCAGAACGCAGUCUGGUCUAAACCAGAUGUGGACUAUACACCUUAUAAAAAUAUUAUAUCAGCCGUAUGGCUCACAUUAAGACAUAGAAACUAUACUUGGGGUUUACUAGAAGACCCAGCAUUCUCUACUCUAACACAUUUUACUCAACCGAAGAUGAUGAUAAGAGAUCCUUGUUCACAUCCAGAUGUUAUAAAGUGUGGACAAACCGAAAACGAAUACAUCAAUGUAUUAACUCAAAAUACUUUAAAACACGGACGGCGGUAUUAUAUCUGUAUCCAUGCUGAUGCUGUUGAUGCUAGUCAUGAAAAAUGGACGGAAGAUUUGGAAGAAGUAAACGCAUGUAGUGAUGGAGUAACUGUUGAUUUGACUCCACCAAAUGGUGGUCGGGUGUGGGUGGAGAACUUGAAAGAUUUUAAAUACCAGUCAUCUGACAGUGAUGUAGCUGUUUACUGGGAUAGUUUUCUUGACGUAGAAGAAAAUGGUGGAAAAACUGUUCAUCCAAGUGGAAUAUCAAAAUAUCAUUUAUAUAUCGGUUCUAUAGAGGGAGGUGCAGAUAUUGUAACUAAACAUAACGUUGGUUUGAUAAAUCAUAAAAUAUUCCACCAUCUUUCUUUACAAAAUGGCCACACUUAUUACGUCACUAUAGAAGCAAUUGAUUUUGUAAACAGGACAAAAAUCGUUUCAUCUGAAGGUUUCAUUAUUGAUAAUAGUCCACCAGAAACUACAUCUAAACCUAUACAAUUUACUAAUACAUAUAUACAGUCAAAUGAUGUAUUGUCUGUGUGUUGGAGUGGAUCAUUUAAAGACACCGAAAGUGGUAUAAGUCAGUAUCGGUGGGCAAUAGGUACUAGACCAGGUCAUGAAAACAUUAGGGCUUAUAUGAUAACCGAUAAUGAUUGUGAUGAAGCGAACCUAGAACACAAAUUGCAAGAUGGACACGUUUAUUACGUAACAGUUCAGGCCAUUAAUGGUGCAGGGUUAUCUACUACAUUAAUAUCUCAUCCAGUGACAGUAGACACAACUCCUCCUACCACAGGACAUGUCAUCGAUAUUCUUAAUACAAACUAUACCGGAGAUGACGUAGAUUAUAUAACUAACCAAUCACUACUUUCUGUUAGAUGGCAAGGAUUCCACGAUCCCCAUUCAUCCAUGCAAUACUAUACUGUUAAAGUUGGUACCUGUGAUGAUAGUGAUGACAUAAUUCCAGAAAUCAAAACAGGAAUAUCUACACGUAAGGAAAAUAUUAUUACAAAGCACAAUCCAACUUUUCUGUCAUAG